AUGUUCUAUUACAUUUCUUUCCUACGCCCACCUCCCUGUCAAGCUCUACCGACUUCGCCAAUAAGAAUCACGCCUCAGAUCGCAAACGAUCUUCGGACAGAACUAUUCGAUGGAUCCCAAGAUAUUUACUUUUCUUGGUCUCUUGCAAACGAUAAUUCUCCCACAUCACAAACCACGAAACCGACAAAGUUGACUACAUGGCGUCAAGAAAAUGCCUACAAAGAAAUGACUGUCCCACUCCCUCCGAAGACUCGCGAAGGGCAAACAUGGCGAUUAAUCCUCAGUCCAACUUCCGACAUGCGAAUCUACGGGAUCGACUUGGAAGGCAAGGUUGAAAAUCUGGGAAAACAACCCUUCUCAGUGAUCUCAAAACCAAUUCUGUUCACCAAGUUCGCAGGGAAAAGUCUCGGAAAACAGGAGCAGAUUGAACGCCUGUAUCGAUUUUCUAUGGAAACUCCUAGUCAGGGUGUACCAGGGGGAGAAGUUACUUUACGAAUAACGGAACAGACUUCAUUCGAUUUGGACAAAAAAGUUUGGGAUAGUGGUAUUGGUCUUAGCUUCUGGUUAAUUAAUCUCGCCGCGAAACAAGUUGGCGCCGAAGAAUCAGGAAAUGUACACGACCUCUUUUCACCCUCUCCCUUGAGGAUUCUAGAACUUGGUGCUGGGACAGGAAUCGUUUCUCUAGUUCUCUCAGCUCUCAGGUCGGGUGUCCUUACUUCUCCUUCGGAACCGGAACAUGAGGAAAAUUGUAAUUGUAUAAUAACGACGGACCUCCCGUCGGCAAUGCCUCUUCUCGAACACAAUAUAUCAAGUAAUUCCCACCUCUUCCUCAAUCCUACCUAUUCAGCACCCACUCCCAAAGUCUUGGACUGGGAUGAAGAUCUUCCAGAGUUCACACAGAAAAUUCCUGGAAACCUUGACUUUAUCCUAAUGGCAGACGUCACGUAUAACACCUCCUCCUUUCCCGCAUUGAUACGCACCUUAUCAAGUUUAAUAUCUUUGAACCGUACCGAAGACCCUCCCGUCAUUAUAAUGGGGUACAAGGAACGGGAUCCAGCUGAACGGUCAUUGUGGAAUAUGGUGCAGGAGAUCGGGAUCAGGUUUAACAAAGUGGCUGAAGUGCCUGGAGCGGGUGGCACACCCAUUGAAAUAUGGAUUGGAAAGGUGAUUACAAAAAUAAAGCAUGAUAGGAAUGAAACAGAAAAGAAGCAUUACUAUUAG